UAACAGACAGGGGGAGUGGGCGGGGCUUCUUCCUCUGCGGCAGCCGGCGAAAGAGGCCGAGAGGGGCCGCCGGGCGGAGGAGGAGGAGGAGGAAGAAGGGGUGUGCCAAAAUGCUUUCAGAUUCUUGAAUGACUGCGAAGCGGCAGACUUUGGAGGCAAAGCCAUCCUAAGGACCGAGGGGGGAGCUGCAGCGGAUCCGGGGCCAAUGCAGCAGCAAAAAAGGCAGCCAGAGUUAGUGGAAGGAAACCUUCCCAUCUUUGUGUUUCCCACCGAGCUUAUAUUUUAUGCCGACGACCAGUCAACGCACAAACAGGUGUUGACUCUCUAUAAUCCCUAUGAAUUUGCCUUAAAGUUCAAAGUUCUUUGUACAACUCCAAAUAAAUAUGCUGUCGUGGACGCCGCAGGUGCAGUGAAGCCUCAGUGCUGCGUCGAUAUCGUGAUCCGUCACCGAGACGUCCGGCCGUGUCAUUAUGGCAUGAUCGACAAAUUCCGGCUCCAGGUCUCUGAGCAAAGCCAGCGGAAAGCCUUGGGGAGAAAAGAAGUCAUUGCCACUCUGCUGCCCACAGCGAAGGAGCAGCAACAGAAGGAGGAGGAGGAGAAGCGGAUCAAAGAGCACCUGACGGAAAGCGUCUUCUUUGAGCAGGCCUUGUGUGCACCAGAGAGCAGAAUUGCCUCGUCGGGGCCGAGUUUACUCACCGUCUUCCUGGGAAUCGUCUGCAUCGCUGCCCUCAUGCUUCCCACAUUGGGAGAAAUGGAUUCCUUGGUGCCUCUCUACCUCCAUUUAAGUGUAAAUCAGAAGCUUGUUGCUGCUUAUGUGUUAGGUCUCAUCACCAUGGUCAUCCUGAGAACAUGAGUGCUGAUGGAAUUGGAUGUCGAGACCCCUUGUCUGUUGUCUUUUUAAGACUGCGUUAUAAACUCACAUCAUGAAUGUGGACCGCCUUUUGACGCCCAACUGGUUCGUUAACAGCAAAAAAACAAAAAUACCAGAUCCAGUGAUUUACAGUAUCUUUUAACUAUUUUUGACUGUUUUAACUAUGUUUGACUGAAGAAGAAAAUAAGAGACUCGAGGGGCUUGGAGGGGCUUCCGCUUGAGAUGGCUACGAAUCAUUCUUCCACGAUGAAACGCAUCAGGAGAAAUUUUUAUAUCUAUGCCGACUGUAUAAAAAAAACCUUAUUAAAAUAGUUUGUGUUUUUA